AUGGAAACGCUAUGCAGCCUCCACGGGUGGAAACACCGCGACUCUCCAAGACGCGUCUUUGACGCUGUCCUUUUCAGCAACGAAGUAGACAUGCUAACCAUCCGUUGGAAGGAACUCUACCCUUAUGUAACACAGUUUGUUAUUCUUGAAUCUAACUCUACUUUCACCGGUUUACCUAAACCGUUGGUUUUCGCUACGAACCGAGAGAAGCUCUUUGACUUUGUGGAGCCGAGGUUGACUUAUGGGAACAUAGGAGGGAGAUUCAAGAGAGGUGUGAACCCUUUUGUGGAGGAAGCUUACCAGAGGUUAGCAUUGGAUCAGUUAAUAAGACUCGCUGGGAUUCAAGAAGAUGAUCUUUUGAUAAUGUCUGAUGUUGAUGAGAUUCCCAGUGCUCAUACCAUUAACCUCCUUAGAUGGUGUGAUGGUUACCCACCGGUUCUUCAUCUUCAGCUCAAAAACUACUUAUACUCUUUUGAGUAUUUCGUUGAUAACAAAAGCUGGAGAGCUUCGAUUCAUCGGUACAAGCCCGAGAAGACACGAUAA